AUGAGAAGUAUUUUAUGGAUUUGGUGGCUUUUGGUUGGAAAUUGGAUUGAGAGAAGUGAUGGAUUCCUGUGGACACUGUUUGGAGGCAACAACUGUAACUGCUGUCGAUGCCCAUCUCCACCUCGAUUCCAACCGCAACCCAAUUUCCCUACCCUCAUCCCUCAGUAUCAAAGUUCAUAUGCCUACUCCUACUCACCUCAUCCUAUUGCUCCAAUCGUCUAUGCUCAAAGUCCAACUCCCAUGUACUCUGCUCCUCUAUUCACGACUACUGCUAGCUAUCGGGGACCACCAGCGGCUGCUCCGACAAGUCAAGAGCAACUUUAUCAGGAGAGGAAAUACUCGACGAAUCAAGUGGCUUAUCAUUCAGAAUCCCGCCCCGUCAGUGUCUCCCAAUCAGACUACGGAAAUCAAGCGAUGAGUCAGUUGGAAGAUGAAUUGGCAGCCGAAAAAUACAAGUACAAUUUACAAAAAGCUGCUGAAAAGGAGAGAGAAGAGAAGAAACAGCAACAGAAGAUUCGAGUUUUCAAGAUGAAACCACAUAAAUCAUCGAGAGUCAACAUGGGAAUGGUCGAGUGGCAAGCAUCGCAGGUCGCCAAGUACACAAACGAGAAAGCAAUCGACAAGUUUAUCGAAGCGACAUCUGAUACAAAUGGAUUGAAUGAAAAUGAGAGUUUGGAAGAAUUCAUUCCGAUUGAAAUUGGAUCUGAGCCUGAGUUUGCAGAUGAAGAACCUGCAGGACCACCUCCAAAUGUUCGGAACCGGAUUGUGUUUUUCACUUAUCAUCUGAUUGCAAUCAAAAAUAACGAUACCCUACUCAAGUACAAUCUGAUUCUCUCCACGUCUCCCGAUUCUCCAUUUCUCAUCCCGUCAUGA